AAACGUCUAUAGUCCACACAAAAUCAAACAACCAAAUCCCUCUCUGGGCUUCCAAUUUCUAAUCUCUUCCAUUUCAUUUCAUCAUCCGCCAUUCCUCCAUUCCCAAAUUCAUCCGAUUCAAUGGGAACUUCAUUAUUCACCAGUUACAGAUUCUCCUGCAACUUCCACCACCCAAAACUCCCUUCUCCCAUUCUCCAUCCCCAGUCCAUUUCAGUCGCCGAUGGAGAGAACCAGAGGCCGCUAGGGGAUUUGAAUCGGAGAUCGAUUUUGGCAUCGGGGAUUUCUUUGCUUUCUACUGCGCCAUUGGGGCUGCACGACCACUGUUUGGCUGCGGUUAAGCAAGGUCUUCUGGCAGGGAGGAUACCGGGAUUAUCCGAACCAGAUGAACAGGGUUGGAGGACAUAUCGUAGACCCGACGAGAAGUCCGGUGGGCAUGGCGUCGGAUGGAGUCCUAUUAUUCCUUAUGUCUUUUCAGUUCCACAAGACUGGGAAGAGGUUCCUGUAUCAAUUGCUGAUCUUGGUGGGACAGAGAUUGAUCUUAGAUUUGGAAGCUCAAAGGAAGGCCGACUCUUUGUUAUCGUUGCACCUGUUCGUCGAUUUUCCGAUGUUAUCGGUGAGGAUGCAACCAUCGAAAUGGUCGGACCCCCAGAGAAAGUAAUCAACGCAUUCGGGCCUGAAGUGAUCGGAGAAAAUGUAGAAGGAAAGGUGAUAAACAUGAAUGUGGCAGAGCAUUCUGGAAGAACAUAUUAUCAGUUUGAAUUGGAGCCUCCUCACGUUUUAAUCACGGCGACAGCGGCGGGAAAUCGUCUAUAUCUCUUCAAUGUAACAGCAAAUGGUCUUCAAUGGAAGAGACAUUACGGCGACUUGAAAAGGAUAGCGGAUUCUUUCCGUGUCGUGUGAUGAAGUUCUUUGGGAGCUGAAAUGGAAGUACAUAUACAGUGUGAUUUACAGGGCAAACUUUAAGGAUUAUGUUAAAGCCUUCAAGUUUUUGCUUGAUUUGUUGCCUCUUUUAGUCAUAUGGUGGCUGAGACAUGGCUUUGAUAUAUACCUAGUUGUAGUUGUAUCGAUGAGAGAUAAUUCAAAUUAUUAUGUUAAGUAAUUGCAAGUGAAAGAGUUUGAUGGAAAA